AUGGCCUCCAACUUCAACGACAUCAUCAAGCAGGGCUACGUACGCAUGCGCAGCCGCAAGCUGGGGAUCUAUCGCCGUUGCUGGUUGGUGUUCAAGAAGUCAUCGAGCAAAGGACCUCGUCGUCUGGAGAAGUACCCUGAUGAGAAGGCUGCCUACAUUAGAGCAUGUCCAAAAGUGACUGAGAUUAGCAACGUCAAGAACAUCACACGGUUGCCUCGGGAUACCAAGCGACAGGCAGUGGCCAUUGUGUUUACAGAUGACACCUCACGCACCUUCACCUGUGAAUCAGAACUGGAGGCCGAGGACUGGUUCAAGACGCUGUCAAUUGAAUGUCUGGGCAUGCGGCUAAAUGACAUCAGUAUGGGAGAGCCUGACCUCUUAGCUGCUGGAGUGUUAUGUGAACACACAGAGCGUUUCAGUGUGUUCCUCCUCCCCUGUCCCAACCUAGACAUCUAUGGAGAGUGCAUGAUGCAGAUCACUCAUGAGAACAUUUACCUGUGGGACAUUCACAACCCUCGCACCAAGCUGGUUACCUGGCCUCUCUGCUCACUGCGGCGCUACGGACGCGACGCCACUCGUUUCACCUUCGAAGCUGGACGGAUGUGUGACAGUGGUGAAGGACUGUACACCUUUCAGACCAGAGAGGGAGAGCAGAUCUACCAGAGAGUUCAUUCCUCUACACUGGCCAUUGCUGAGCAACAUAAGAAGGUUUUGCUGGAGAUGGAAAAAAACAGCAGGUUGCUGUCCAAGGGUUCAGAAGCUGGCUCUUACCCCUGCACACCUACUGCCAUCCUGCCCCGAUCCGCCUACUGGCACCACAUCACUGGAAGCCAGAUUGGCAUGGAUCCUGGCAGUGGUGAUGCUGCAGAAGACGAGCUAUUGUCCACACGCUUACCCCUGGACCGCCACACCACAAUGCCCCUGUCAAACACACAUGCACAGUCCCAGCAGCACAUACACACACACUCCCUGACACACUACCCCACAUACCCCGGACAGUGA